AUUCCUCAACUCAGACCAACUUAUGGAAUUCUUAUUUUCCUAUUAGUAAACUUGACUUUGUUCUUUAUUAUUAUUUUAAAUUCAUAUAAUCGAAAUAAAAAAAUUACGAAAUAA